GGCCGGCGGGGCGCGGGGCUGGGCGGGGGAGCGGCUCUCCGGCCCCGCCGCUGCCGCCGCAUCCCCGCCGCAGCGGAAGCCGCACCCCCGCCGCCGGGGCCGGCCGGGCGCAGCCCCCCGGCGCAUCCCGCCCCCGCCGGGCCCCUGAUUGGCGCCGGCAGGCUCGGCUCCCCCCCGCGCCCCGCUCCCCGUCCCGCCGCCGCCAUGAACCCGCUCUUCGGCCCCAACCUCUUCCUCCUGCCGCAGGAGCAGCAGGGGCUGCCGGGCCCCGAGCUGCCGCCGCCGCCGCCCGCCCCGCGCCCCGCCGAGCCCCUGGCGGGGGACCUGGCCGCCCCGCCGCCCCCCGGCCCCUUCCCCGCACCGCCCGCCGCCAUGGCCCUCCGCAACGACCUGGGCUCCAACAUCAGCGUCCUGAAGACGCUGAACCUGCGGUUCCGCUGCUUCCUGGCCAAGGUCCAUGAGCUGGAGCGGCGCAACCGGCAGCUGGAGAAGCAGCUGCAGCAAGCGCUGGAGGAGGGGGGCGGCGGCGGGGGGAGCCGGGGCCGCGGACCCCCGCGCCGCGACCAAGCGGUGCAAACUGGCUUUGUGGGCCCCAUCCGCACCCUGGGGCUGGGGCUUGGGCUGUCGCCGGCCCGGGCGCUGGGUUCCCCCGCCUGCCGCCUCAGCGCCCCCGCCCAGCCGUCUCCUCCCUUCUCGGCCGCCUCCCGCUUCAUGCCCGGCACCAUCUGGUCCUUCUCGCAAGCCCGGCGGCUGGGCCCGGGACCGGAGACCACCCUGGUGCAGGGACCGGGGGUCUCCUGGGUCCACCCGGACGGGGUGGGCGUGCAGAUCGACACCAUCACCCCGGAGAUCCGUGCCCUCUACAACGUGCUGGCCAAGGUGAAGAGGGAGCGCGACGAGUACAAGCGCAGAUGGGAAGAGGAGUACACAGUGCGUGUCCAGCUUCAGGACCGGGUGACUGAGCUGCAGGAGGAAGCCCAAGAGGCUGAAGCCUGCCAGGAGGAGCUGGCCAUGAAGGUGGAGCAGCUCAAGGCAGAACUUGUUGUCUUCAAGGGACUGAUGAGCAAUAACAUCACAGAGCUGGACACCAAGAUCCAGGAGAAGGCCAUGAAGGUGGACAUGGACAUCUGCCGGCGCAUUGACAUCACUGCCAAGCUGUGCGACGUGGCGCAGCAGCGGAACUGUGAGGACAUGAUCAAGAUGUUUCAGUCUCUGCACUUGUCUCCCGUUAAGGUCCCAGCCUCGGUGGGGCGGAAGCGGGAGCGCAAGCAGGUCAGUGACGAAGACACCUCACUGUCAGAGAGCGAUGCCUCCCGAAAGCCUGACGAGGAAGAGGAGGACGAGACCACGGCCAUGAGUAUCAAUGAGGAAAUGCAGAGGAUGUUGAACCAGCUGAGGGAAUAUGACUUUGAGGAUGACUGUGACAGCCUCACGUGGGAGGAGACAGAAGAAACGCUGCUCCUCUGGGAGGACUUCUCUGGAUACGCCAUUGCAGCUGCAGAGGUGCAGGGGGAGCAGGACGACAGUCUGGAGAAGGUGAUCAAGGACACGGAGUCGCUGUUCAAGAGCCGUGAGAAGGAGUAUCAGGAAACCAUCGACCAAAUAGAGCUGGAGCUGGCCACAGCCAAGAACGAUAUGAACCGGCACCUGCAUGAGUACAUGGAAAUGUGCAGCAUGAAGCGAGGUUUGGACGUGCAGAUGGAGACUUGCCGGCGGCUCAUCACCCAGUCUGGGGACAGGAAGUCUCCUGCCUUCACCCCGGCCUCCAACAGCGAGUCAGCCCCAAAUGAGGAGAGCGAGGAGUCCGACCGUGACCCCCCCAGCGAUGCUUCCAUCAGAUAAUGAGGGCACACCCUGCUCCCUUGGACCCCCCUCCUGGCACAGGGGUGCCUGAGCUGCACCUGAAAAAGACUGUCAGGGAUGUGGAGCCACUGGUAAACAUCUCUUGCCCAGGCUCACUCCUGUUUUGGGGUGUUUGGCAGACCCCAUGCCCCGCUGCUGCCGGAUAUUCUGCACAUGGGAAUAGCUAGAUAGACCUGAGGGCCCUUGCUGGGGCUGCUCAGCCCCCAGCUCCUUCUCUAUUCCCUUUCCCUGCUUUGGUUAAACCGUGGUUUGGGCAGGGAGGCUCCAAACCUGCCAUGGUGGCAUUCUCCAGGACCUCUCCCUGAGCCCCCCAGACCCAUCUCGUCCGGUCUCCAUCCUGGUACGCUUGACCCACCCCCUGCCCUCCCUGCACCACACGGAGCCGAUCGAGAGCCGUACCUCCCUGCAAACUGGACCUGACACUGGUGCCAACUGGACUGAGCCCCGGGCUUUCUCCGUCCUUGCUGCUGGCUGGGCACUCGGCUGGGAGUCCCCAUGCCGCACAGGACACCCCGAGCCCCCCUGCCUCCUCCGGGGUGGGGGCCGAGUCCUGCUCACUGUGCACUUUGCUUUGCCGUGCAUUGGCGGCACGCUCACUUUCUGUGUUACGGGGGCGAGGGGUCAUUAAAUGGGACAGUUUCCUUUUCUACA